AUGACAUCAUAUAUUUCUGGAGUGUUGGUAUUCAAAGCAAGUAAUGGGGAUACGGGAUUGCUAUGGUUUCCUUCGGAUUGUCGUCAGAAACAUUGCCAAACUGGUUUAGCGCUUUUUCAACUAGGGCAGUGGUUAAUCUAUGACAGAAUUAAUGAUAUUAUUGUUCGACCACUGGACGGUAUGCCGCCUUAUGAAACUCGCCUCUAUCGGACUGAAUCAUCACAACGGGACGCGUUUGUCGAGAUCAGUGUUCCUCUCGUCUUCUUUUCGGACAAGGUCUUCAACCAGAUUGUCGCAUAUGCCCCUGGAUUUGGGCGUGUUGGGUCGUUCUUUAGGCAAGAUGCUAAUUUGAAAAUGGACUGUCUCUAUCACGCAUGGAUUGCAUUUUUUGGUCUCUAUCGUGAUCCAAAUUUAUUGACACUAAUGAACACUUUCGAUGUCCAAUGGUUGCUCACUUAUCUGGCUGAGCCAUUUAGCACCAAUGAGAUGAUAUCUGCUUCGGAAUCAGGCAUUGAAUUAAGCCUUGUUAAUGGAAUUGUCAUCAAUCUUGUUGAUGGUUUCGAUGAUUCCGGUGGUUCCGAUAGUGGCAACGAUAAUCAAGAAAAUGGCGACGAAGUACCACAACAUCACACUUUCAAGAUUGUCACGUUUUGGACACCUUGGCUGCACUCGAUUUGUAAAUACAAAUAUGACGAGACUGCUCAUCCGAAGUUGGAUUUCCGCGUUGGACAAUGGUUUAAAUUCAUGCCAGCGUGA